UUACUCUUAACGUGGAGGGAGAAUGGACAGACCACCCCAUCAAAAGAAAAACAAAUAUGGAGGGGGGAUUGAGUGCUUGUAGUUUGGAUGAAGAAUUGAAUCAAGCAUCCAUGAAUAACCUAGAAUCAAUAAUAUUCGAUGCAUUUUCUUCAUGGUUAGAUUUAGAUGAUUCCAGCAUUAUUCCUCAAGAGCCUCAACAACUUCAAGAUCUUGAAAUGCUUGAUGAAAACCUUCUCCAAUUUGCAAAUACCACUACUACUAGCGCAAACAUGGAUUACGAGCAUCCUUAUUCGGAAUGCAAUAUUCUUCCUAAUUCACCUGAGUUAGAUUUACCGUUUUUACUCGAUAUUCAUGAUUUUGAUAAUGACAUUAUUUCUCCACCUGAAGGUCACUAUCAUCACCCUGUUCUUCCUUGUCAGGACGAAGUUAUUCUUGAUCAACCGGUUGAUAAUGAAGCAGAAUGUGAGAAAGAUCCUAAUAGUAACAGUAUAGUCAUAAUUUGUCCGUCAUCAUCAGUUUCUGAUGUUCCUCAACAACCGCGGCAGAAGAAGCAAAAAAACAACAAUAUCAAAAAACGGACUAAAUUAUCAACCCAGCGACACCAAAGUUCCGCUACCACUACUGCUGCUACUACUAGUACUGUGCCAAAAGAUGACGGGGAAGAAGAAAUAGAUGAUGAACGUAAAAGAGGACCACUAAGUUGUAAAAAUUUAGUUUCGGAAAGGAAUAGAAGGGAAAGGAUUAGUCAACAACUACUUGCUUUACGUGGCCUUGUUCCUAAUAUCACAAAGAUUGAUAGACGAUCAGUAUUAGUAGACGCGCUAUCUUACUUAAGGAAUAUGCAAGAAGAAACAGCGAAGAUACAAAAGGAACUUAAAGAACAACAAUCACAACAUCAACCUAGAGCAAUGAACAAUGACAUUAUGGAGGAAGAUGAAGAUGCUGAGCAUGAUCCUGAUGAUGAUACUCGUCCAAGAGUUAACAGUCCAGUCAAUGCAUCUAAACCCAAACCACAGAUAAUCGAGAUUGACAUAGAGAAAAUGGAUGAGAAAAGAUUCAUAGUGAAGGUAACAUGCAAAGGUGUGAACGGAGGCGACAUUUGUCGCGUGAUGGAAGCUACAGGGUUUGAGAUUACUUAUGCUGCUGUGGAACAAAUUAAACCCCAACAUUUCUUAAGCACGGUCUUCAUCAAGGUGAAAAAGCAUAAAAAGAUGACGGAAGAAAAGCUGAAAAACUGCAUUAUCAGCUCAUCCUUAAGAUGUGGACUGAUUGUCCUACCGGCUUAAUAUAAAACAGCUAUGACAUAAUCAAAAUACGUUUUCUAGCCUGUUCCCACGGUGUACAGAUGAUAUAUACGUGGGCGUAUUCGGCGCAUGAUCAAAAGAGGCUGAUGCAUCAGAGUGGGGAGAGAUUAGGUUUCUCGUUGUCUUUUUUUUCCCCUUAGUGAAGGUUUACGCUCCUGCUUAUUUCUUUUGGGGUUGUUUAGUACAUAAUAAUAAUGUGGAAUAAUGCUAAAGGUUACAUGUUCAUUUGUUUUUGGCACCCAUCUAAAUAUUGUGGAACAGU